UGUCCCGUGGGAAGCUAUAAAAGUGAGCGAGGAAAUGCAUCUUGCCAAAAAUGUCCGAUGAAUUCGGAAGCGACUGCAACAGCAAGUGUUCAUUGCACAUGUCGACCUGGAUUCUACAGGGCUGAGAACGAAUCCGCCGAUAGGAUAUGUACUCAGGGACCAAACCAUCCGUCUCAUCUACAUGUCAAAGAUAUAGAUCAGUCCUCAGCAGUUCUAGAAUGGGACGAACCAUCUUCAUUGGGCGGGCGUAGGGAGGUAUGGUACGAAUGGGAAUGUUCGCGUGGGGAUUGUUCGGAGAUUAUAGCUACACCUGCUGACAAAAAGCUGAUGUCAAGGACACUCAGACUGUCUGGCUUGAAACCGGAUACUGAGUAUUCUUUCAAUAUAUUUGCGAAGAAUAGUGUCAGUUUCAAAAUUUUCUCAAACACCUGCCUAUCGAGUUGUGGAUUUACGCACAGCUCCUUUAACCCAAUAUGUGGUGACAGGUCUACGUGUAGAAAGCGAGCAGAAAGAUGGAAUGACCCUCGCGUGGUUGGCACCAGUGGUUUCCAAGAGGGUGAAAUAUGA